UGAUAUAUUUCUGGCACUCCCCUAGAUAUUUUCUGUUACAGAAUUGCGGACACGUGUAUUGGCAACACGGCUGGAUCGUAGUAACGUUAAAUCAUCGGGAUACGCCUGGAGAGAUUCAGUUUAGGUCGACUAGUCACCAUACGAUCCCUUGACAUCUACACUUAUUGCAGGGAUCCACUCUCUGAUCCUAAUCAUUGUUCAUAUUCUGUGUAUAAGCACAGCGACCUGGUGAGAAGUGGUCCAACACCCAACGUCAGGACUCAUGCUCAGGUGACGUGGCUCCUAUGACUCAAGAGGGAGAUGGAAACAGCCAGCAUCAGCCAUGGCGUCCAUCUUGGAUUAUACCCACGUACACAGACUGUCACUCUCUGAGACCAGGAACAGGACCAGUCUCUCCCCUGACUGUCAAUUACCUGUACCACGCGUGAGCUCUCUCUCUUGCGCCAACCUUUGUGAAUGAGGGUGAUCAUUCGGACUGUCCCUGUGUCCAGCCUGGGUCCCUCCUUACCCCUGUCUUUGCCCCUGCCUGCGGGGACCAUGGGGCUCCUGUGGGUGCUGUGUGUGUCCAUGCUGAUGGCUCCAGCAGUGGUGGUAGAAGCCAUCCCCAUGGAGUCUGCUGCUGGGAGCCACAGCAUGUUCACCUGUGAACCUAUCACCCUGCGCAUGUGUCAGGGGCUGCCCUAUAACUCCACCUUCAUGCCCAAUCUCCUCAACCACUAUGACCAGCAGACCGCCGCGCUCGCCAUGGAGCCCUUCCACCCCAUGGUGAACCUGCAGUGUUCGUCAGAACUCAGGAUGUUCCUGUGUGCCCUCUACACUCCAGUGUGUACAGAGUACGGGCGCAUGACACUGCCCUGCCGACGGCUGUGCCUGAGAGCCAAGGGAGACUGUUACAAACUCAUGGACAUGUUCGGCGUCACCUGGCCAGAAGAGAUGGAUUGUAACAGGUUCCCAGACUGUGACGAGCCAUACCCCCGUCCUGUAGAUCUGCUGUCCAGGUCAGACUCCACAGAGUCGCCCAUCUCCGUCCAGCGCGACUAUGGCUUCUGGUGCCCCCGCGAGCUCAAGAUCGACCCCGACCUGGGCUACACCUUCCUGGGUGUGAGGGACUGCUCGCCCCCCUGCCCCAACAUGUACUUCCAGCGGGACGAGCUGGUCUUCGCCCGCUACUUCAUCGGCGUGGUGUCCAUCGUCUGUCUCUCGGCAACCCUCUUCACCUUCCUCACCUUCCUCAUCGACGUGUCCAGGUUCCGCUACCCGGAGCGGCCGAUCAUCUUCUACGCCGUGUGUUACAUGAUGGUGUCCCUGGUCUUCUUCCUGGGCUUCCUGUUGGAGGACCGGGUGGCGUGCAACGCGGCGAGCCCCGGGCGCUUCCGGGCGUCCACCGUCACCCAGGGCUCCCAUAACAAGGUGUGCACUCUGCUGUUCAUGGUGCUCUACUUCUUCACCAUGGCUGGCAGUGUGUGGUGGGUCAUCCUCACCAUCACCUGGUUCCUGGCUGCCGUGCCUAAGUGGGGCAGCGAGGCCAUCGAGAAGAAGGCCUUGCUCUUCCAUGCCUGUGCCUGGGGCCUGCCCGGCUGUCUGACUGUCACUCUGCUGGCCAUGAACAAGAUCGAAGGGGAUAGUGUCAGCGGGGUGUGUUUUGUGGGGCUGUAUGACCGCACAGCGCUGAGAUGGUUCCUGCUGGUUCCGCUGGGCCUGGAUGUACUGGUGGGGGUGGCGUUGCUGCUAGCGGGCAUCCUGGCGUUGAACCGCGUCCGUAUGGAGAUCCCUCUGGAGAAGGAGAACCAAGACAAGCUGGUGAAGUUUAUGAUCCGUAUCGGGGUGUUCUCUGUGCUCUACCUGGUCCCUCUGCUGACGGUCAUAGCCUGCUACCUGUAUGAGAACAGCUAUAGGACUGUCUGGGAGACUACCUGGGUACAGGAGCGCUGCAGAGAGUACCACAUCCCCUGUCCAUACCAGGUCGAGCAGACCAGCAGACCAAACCUGUCCCUGUUCAUCAUAAAGUACCUGAUGAUGUUGGUAGUAGGGAUCCCUUCAGUGUUCUGGGUGGGCAGCAAGAAGACCUGCUUCGAAUGGGCCAGCUUCUUCCACGGACAUAGACGCAAAGAUAGCGUGGUCAACGAGAGCAGACAGGUACUCCAGGAGCCAGAUUUUGCUCAGCUGCUCCUGCGGGACCCCAACACCCCCAUCGCGAGGAAGUCCAGGGGGACAUCCACGCAGGGCACCUCCACCCACGCUUCCUCCACCCACCUGGCCAUGCUGGACGAGCCCCCCAGUGGGAGCACCAGCCGGGCAAGUAGUGUCCGCAGCGCCCGCAGCAAGAUGAGCAGCUUCCAUGGAAGUCUGCAUCGAUCCAGAGACAGCAGGUACACAGCAUGUAGUUUCCGCGGCGUUGACGAUCGCCUCCCCUAUGGCAGCAUGCCCCGCCUCAACGACCAAUCAGGGUCCAGACACUGCAGCACCAACAGGCUAGACAGCCUAUCAAAGCAUGGCUCCACCCAGCGUCUGGAUAGCCAAUCACGGCACAGCAGCAUCAGGGACCUUAGCAACGUCACCCAGGCCAUUCAGAGCGCCCCCGGCAAUGGAAUCCACAGGGUCCUUGAAGAGGAUGGAGCCACGGCCUGAACUGAGACAUCUAAACGCUUGGCGGCAAAACAAACCUUAGCCUCUACCCUAAAAAAAACCUUAGCCUCUGCCCAACCUUUUAGCUAAACAAGAAGUGUCUAGGACAUGUGUCAAACUCAUUCCACAGAGGGCCAAGUUUUUGCGGGGUUUUGACUCCGCCCUUGUACUUCAUUGAUGAACUAAGACCUGGUGGUCUUAAUUGAAAUGGAAAAACAAAAAAAUCUGUAGAUUCUCGGCCAUCCGUGGAAUUAGUUUGAUACCCCUGGUCUAGGGGGUAGAGGUUGAUUUUGGACUGGACAUACUGCAGUCCUCUAUGGCUACAUUUACACAGAUCUUUUGAUCUUUUGCCCAAUUACUGGUCUUUAGACCAAUCAAAUCAGAUAAUUUGCCAGUAAUUGAUAAAAAUACAAAUAAAACAGAAUUGGGCUGGCUGUGUAAACUCAGCCACAGUAUGGCAGUUUGAAAAUAAGGAGAUUGUGAGGAAACUGGACAGUUUGACAAUGUGUCUGAACAUGUCUCCUCUCAUUAAACAGCACUGAUAAAUGAAGAUAGCAGACGACUUGGAUUCAGAGGACAGUGUAACUUGGACUUGCAGGAGUGAGAGCUGAACCAAUAAGACUGACAUGGAAGAAGAAAUCAUACUCUUGGGCACAGACGCUUUUUGUUCAAUGUUCUGGAGUCAGCUCUUAGUGAAGGACACUCUACCCUUUAAGUGUAGGACAGCUCUGGGAUCCGUUUCAGGCUAUUCAUCCAUACCUGACAUUACAGAGCUUCUUAUCUAAUCGGAACAUUCCACUACUCAGGGGGGUGAAAAGGGUUCAAUCUAAAGGAUUCUACAUUAUGCGUGACACAAGCACUCGUCCAUGAAGGCCAAGCCGUUAUUCCUGCUAACCACAUUGUUUACCUGCACGAGAAGUACGGUAGACGCGUCUCCACAACCACUGUUGUACUACACUACUAUACAUUGAGGUACUUUUAUACGUCAAUUGGUUUCAUUGCACUUCUGAUGGAGGCAGCUGAAGGUACUGUGUGUGAUGAGUAGGGCCUGAAGUGUUUCCUGACUGUGACCUUUCCCUGUCCAGGGAAAACUCUGGGUCCUAGUGAUAAUGUGAAGGCGAUCGGGACAGUGUCCUGUCCUGUUGUCAAUCAAUUGGAAACAAUUGACAUUGAUGAAUCAGCCAUUGUGAAGUGAAGGGCUGUAUUGUAUUACAGGAUAAAAGCGGAAUUCCAAACUCCAGCCUUAUAGGUAGAAUAUGAGUGUUCUUCUCCCCCCCCCGUUAGAAUUAGAAUCAGUAGUAGUAUUACGAAAUGCAUACUUACUUGUAUAGAUAAUUGUUAGCCAUAACUUCUAGUAGUGGCAUGUGCAUAGGUGUAAAUAGAUUUGAGGGGGGGUCUUUUGUUGAAUUUGUAAUAAAUCUUCUGAAAAUACAUCUGGGAAAUGUGUAAGUGAAUCUGUGCCCUAGCCUGGAAAACAAACUGAAUUGCUCCAUUUUACAAGUGAAUCAGAGCGAUUCAGUGUGGAGCCAGGCUAUUAUGUGUGCUCCCAAGGAAAUAAAUGAUAAGCAGGACACGAGACUCAGUGAAGCCGUAUUUGUAACAGCCCUCCGCUUUAUUGAAAUACAUUGGAGUCAGGUUAAUAUAAUGAGUUCUCCACAAGUGUGGUGGCCAGUUCCAUACAUUAUUUGUUUGACCUUACACCUUAAAUAUUUCUGUGCAAAAAGAAUCUACAUCACCUGUAGUGGGUAUCCUCAAUAAAACUCCCCAAAACUGUUCAAAUAAAAUGAGCAAGUCAAAAUUAAAAACAAAUCCAAAAACAAAUAAAAUGAUUACAUCUAUAACAUGCAAAACUGUACAAAUUAUUACAAAGCAAUCCUAGAAAAACAAGGUGUAUAAUAUGAUAUGAAAGAACAAAAUAAUAUAGAAGGAACUGAAGAUAAGACCUCACUGAAAUGCAAAGGCGUUUUUUUUUGUAUAUUUUUGAAUGGUUAUCAUGGUAACACCUCAGCCUCAAACUACUACCCCUCCAUCUGCUCCUUCACCUCUUUUCAUCCUUAAUUCAAAACACUUGUCUGAGUUCUUCCUCCGUGUAUCCGUCUUUUCUUCCACCUGAAUCUUUAGACCCUUACGCCUAGUCACAGCUGGCUACACUACGGCUAAAUGUAGCUCUUCUUUCCCAAGUGUAGUCUGUUCUGUCACACUCACUUCCAUUGUUAGGGUGAAAAUAAUCAUUGGUUCUGACAUUCCUGAGUUUUUUUAUUUUUUAUUUUUUAAAGUGGGAUUUCGGGCCUUUAACUGUACAGUAUAAAGCCUGGUCUAUCAUACUCUCAGACUAAGAUAUUUCCUCUUCGCUCUCAGCUAAUACAUUCUACAGACAAGGCCCAGCAGAUAUGAAUAGAGACUCUUGGUAGCUUUAAAAGGAAAUCUUAAGAGAGGUGGUUAAGUUGAGACGGUUGAGUAAAACCAACUUAGCGAGACUGACGUCUAAAGCAAAUUCUUAUUUUGCAAAAGCUCAAUAUAAAAUGGAAUUCUAAAAACACGUGGAAUGAGUAGGCUAGAGAUAAAUUACUGUAUUUUCAAGGGAAUAUAAUAGAAUUGUGGUUUAGGGUUAAGGUUUAGGCCCCCAAUGGCACGAAUGAAAGCAGAAAUCUGAAAUCUUAUAUUUUUAUACACUUCUGACUAGGAUCAAUAAACUGCCAUGUUUGACUACUUGGUACACUUCAACACUCCUAAACCUUAAGACAGAAGGUCCCUUUGAACAGUAAGUAACAACGGUCAUUCAUUAAACGGUCUGUAACAUAAAAAUAAUUCCUCAUUAGAAAUGAAAAAAGUCCCCUUUCCAGAAUAAGGGUCCCCUCCCUUCCGCUUGAGAGAGAAGAGUCAGCUGAUCUAGGCACUCGACCCAAAGCUUGUUUCAUUUCCACAUAUAAAUACACAUCAACAACACCCACCAUGCUGUGAUUUGCAUUAGGGUUGGGGUCCAUUUCAAUGUAGGCAAUUCAGAAAGUAAACAGAAAUUCUAAUUCCAAAUUUGUCACAAAGAAGCAUUGAGGAAAAUUGGAAUGGAACUUGAAUUGACUGAAAAAAAAAUGGAAUUGACCCCAAUUUGUGGCUUGUAUCAAGGUUAUUGCAUUACCAGACAAUAGUAAGAA